AUGCUCGGCCAAUUUGAAAACGUCGGCGCCUUCAUUCGCGAUUGUAAUGGCACAAAGUUACGAUAUGACCAAGCCUGCUUGGAAAUAAUUACCGCUGGCCCAGUUAACUUUUGGAGUCAGUAUGAGGAAUGUGAAGACUGCAUGUUAUUGGAGACCGCAAAGCUGGAAAAAUCAGGGGCCAUAGUUCUAGAGACAAUAAGCCCUAUAAAAUAUGCUCUACACAAUGGCUCUCAUGAAAUUUGCAAUGGUACCUAUGAAUUUAAUGAAUUUGGGCAGUAUAGUAUCAAUAUUCUUAAUGAUACCCACAACUGUGUGCCGCGGAUGACUGCAGAACCAGAUGCAGCAUACCUACCCAUAUUGACAGCUGUGGUGGUGCUAUUGUCCAUGGCUACACUUUGGUAUAUUGUGAAGGGUAUUGGCAAGCGAGUGGUGGCUGGACGGAUGUAUGCAAGAUACUUUGCUAGAGAGGACAAUGAACUCGGAUCGGAAACCCGCGUGCUUACUACUGAGACGAGCGUACCACGAUCGCCCACUCGCUCUAGGCUUCGUUCCCUUGACAUCUUUAGAGGAUUCUCCAUUGCUCUGAUGAUAUUCGUGAACGCCGGUGGCGGUGGUUACGGCAUAUUUUCCCACUCCGCGUGGAACGGCUUAACCGUAGCUGAUGUCGUGUUUCCCUGGUUCGCCUUCGCAAUGGGCGAAGCACUAGUGCUAUCCCUGAACGCAAGGCUUAGGACUUCUUUGCCCAGAAUCACUGCUCUUAAACAGGUGGCUCAAAGAUCCCUCCUAAUGUCCUUGAUAGGGAUUUGCCUCAGUUCCGUAAAUGUGUCCUGGUUUGAUGUCCGUUUGCCUGGUGUGCUUCAGCGCUUGGCAGCUAUGUACCUUAUUGUUGGUGCUGUAGAAUGUGCCUUUAUGAGAACCAGCCAGAAUAUUACUCCAGGUCGUUCUCUGUUCAGAGAUAUUGCAGCUGGAUGGCAGCAAUGGCUUGCGACCAUUCUUUUGGUGGCUAUUCAGGUAUGUAUAUCUCUAACGGUAUCUGCGCCUGGUUGUCCACGCGGCUACCUCGGACCUGGUGGUCUACAUCGUACCGCUCUUGGAGAUUUCACACUGCAGAACUGCACUGGUGGAAUCGCUGGUUAUAUUGACAGAUUAAUCCUUGGACCUUCGCACUUAUAUCAACGUGGUAGUUUCCGAAAGAUCUACUUGCCAAUACAGCCGCAUGAUCCCGAAGGUCUAUUGGGAAUAUUAUCAGGCGUUCUCGUAGUGCAGGCCGGCGCACACGCAACUAGGAUUAUGCUAGUUUACAACCAUGCUAGGGCAAGGAUAAUGCGUUGGGUCUUCUGGUCUAUAAUAUUCAGCGUGAUCGGCGGUGCUCUAUGCGUCUUCUCGAAGAACGGUGGGCCCAUACCCAUUAACAAGAACCUCUGGUCCGUUUCUUACUGCCUGGUGACUGCUGGUAUGGCAUUCUUCAUCCAAGCUGUGCUGUAUUUCCUAGUUGACUUGAAGACCAAGUGGGGUGGACGACCUUUGUACUAUGCUGGUCAAAACGCUCUCUUCCUAUACAUUGGCAGUGAACUCCUAAAACGUCAUUUCCCAUUAUACUGGCACGUCCCUGCCCCAACACACAGCCAGUUGCUGGCAACACACGCGGCGGCUAUGUUAAUGUGGCUGGCUGUCGGUGUUGCCUUACAUCGGAAGCGAAUCUUUAUCACUCUUUAA